UUUUGUAUUUUUUUUAUAGAUACGUUCCUUUUAAAUUUGAACACGAAUAUCUGGGUGGAGUUCUUCCCAUUUGUAUCAUUACCUGCAAACUCUGUUAGGCAUUUCAAUCUGAGAAAAUCCAUAGAAGCGAUUGAAGUAAGACUGCCAUGGGAAUUGUUCGUAAUCUCGAUUCGGAUCAACUCCAUUUCUUUGAUUCUCACGGUUAUCUUGUGAUUGAAUCAUUUGCCACUCCUGAUGAAAUUCAUGCCAUGAGAAACAGAAUGGAGCAGUUGCUUGAGGGAUUUGACUGCUCCACUUCCUCUGUUUUCUCUUCUGUAAAUCAGCGGCAGUUGACCGACGAUUACUUCUUCGAAAGCGCUGAGAAUAUUUCCUUCUUUUUUGAGGAAAAAGCAUUUCGAGAGGAUGGAAACUUGAAACAAGCAAAGGAACUCUCAGUUAACAAAGUUGGUCAUGCAUUACAUGAGGUUGACCCAGUUUUCAAAAGCUUCUCGGACUCUGAGAAGGUUUCAGGUUUAUUGUUGUCCUUGGGAUACAAGAGGCCGAUAGUCAUUCAGUCUAUGUACAUAUUUAAGCAACCAGGUAUUGGAGGUGAAGUAGUGCCUCACCAGGAUAACUCAUUUCUUUACACUGAACCAACUACUUGCACGGGGCUAUGGCUGGCACUUGAAGAUGCAAAUACAACAAACGGCUGUCUUUGGGCUAUUCCUGGAUCACAUAAAAAUGGACUUGUUAGAAGGUUUCUUAGAGGUGACAAAGGAGUGUACUUCGAUAAACCUUCUCCUGCUUACGAACAGAAAGAUUUCGUGCCUAUUGAAGUGAAAGCUGGAUCUUUGGUUGUCAUUCAUGGAGACCUUAUUCAUCAAAGCUUUGAGAAUCAGUCUCCAAAAUCAAGACAUGCAUAUAGCCUACACGUGGUUGAUACAGAAGGUUGUGUAUGGGCUCAAGAUAACUGGAACUGCUGGCUGCAGCUUGCCAACUGAAAGAUUCUUGGAUUGAAAACCAAAAUUUAUGAGGAUUGGGGAUAUGAGACAAACAGAUGUCAUAUGGAUUCAGGAUCCUUGUUACACAUGCAGCCGCAGUUGGGAAAAAAGCAUGUACCACCCGGUGGCACUUUGAAAUGCAUAUGCAUCCUCAUUAGUCAAUGUAAUUGACCAAUAGGCUUAAAAUAAAGCACAACUCUCCCUGUUUUCUAGAAAGGAUUGUGCACGAUUUUGUGGGAAAAUCAAGGAAUCAUUAUCAGGAGAUGUUGAUGCCAGGGGCCAUCUUCCCAUAGGACGUUGAGGAUGGAAGCACGUGAACAAGGAAUCAUUAUCAGGAGAUGUUGAUGCCAGGGGCCAUCUUCCCGUAGGACGUUGAGGAUGGAAGCUCGUGAAUGUAACAAACACCCUCCAAAUUAGAUUGUAGUGAUCGAUCCUUCACUGGUUACUUGCCAUGUAUACCUACCUUUUCAAGCAAUUUUCAUGAGCAGACAUGUCAAGAAAAUAAAGAAUGGGAACUAGAUAAGUCAAGAUCCUAGACUCGGUCGUCUGAUAGAACUUAGAACCCGGAUAUAUUGAAAGAUGAACUAUAACAAAAAUAUAAGAUAAUCCAAGUAUUUGAGGUACUUAGACCCUCUCAAUCUUGAAAUAACUCUCAAGCCCUAAUUCAUAUACCAAAUAUUGAUUGUCUUCUCCAUUCCCUACCUCCCUAUUUAUAACCAACUUCUAAUAUACCCCUAUUACCCCUCUAAUACCAUUCCUAUCAUCAUCCUAUCUGGAAGACAGUAAUUCUAUUCUUCAGACGCCACCAUCAUCUCUCUGUCACUAAUAAUCCUCCUAAAACUAAAGUUAGCAUUAUAGUUGACUCAAUGGAAGGAGAUAGAAGAGUCGCAUAUUCUAACAUGGAUGAAGAAAGUCUGUCCAGAUUAUUCUUCAAAUCUGAUCUAGGCCCUUAUAGUUUGAUUAUGGUUCAACACACUCUCAUCAAAAGCUAAUGUAUUUCUUUAGUUAUCAGCUCCAAGGAGAUUCAGCACUGGUGAUCUCUUGCAAAAAAGGAUGGCAUUGACUUCAUUGGAUUAGUAAACCUGAGAAGCAUGCAUAAGAGAGUUCAGUGUUUAUUUGAUUGUGUUUAAGAAAUUAAUGUUUAUGGGAUUUUGAACCAUGCGAAUGUGUUUUCCCCUCCCUAGUUGGUUUGCAGCCUUGAGGGUUUGCUUAUACAUGCCAAUGGCUUAGUUUUUAUCCUUCAAA